AUAUGUUUCUAUUUUACUCUAUUUCAGGAUUGCUCUGUUUCGUCAUACAUGUUGUGACGUCAGAUCAUUUCCAUCAAUCAUGUUCACAGAAAACACUGCCCCAUUCCUCACAAAUCCAGGGAGCCAGCAUCUCAGAAAGAGAAGUUAUUCAGAGUCUAGAAUCAAAGUCAAUUAAAUUUAUCGACGCUGCAAAACAAUUAAAAGAACAAUAUAUAUCGCCAACAGUAAGAAGAAUAACAAACGCUCACUUAAUAGAUAGGCUAUCAGAAGUAGAAAUAGAUAUUUUGCCAACAACAAAUAUUUCCGAGGCACCGACUGAAUUCUUGAAUGAAACUUGGAUUGGUUUAUCAGUUAUUUCCGACUGCUUGGAACUUGUGAGAAAAGAGGAAGAGGCUUUCAGUUUUGGAGAACUAUCACAUUACACAAAAUUGACAAUGGACUAUGCGCUUUGA